AUGUGUUCAUCGUUAACACAAAAUCUUAGUCAAGCAUGGCCGAUAUUGAAACACUACGAUCAAGAUCAUUUGUACAAUAUCGCUCUUCCCCUGGGUGGUAUUGGUACAGGUACGGUUAGUCUAGGUGGACGAGGAGAACUACGCGAUUGGGAAAUUGCUAAUAAGCCAGCGAAAAAGUAUAGUACAGUGACGAUUGGUAAUGAUGCGCCAUUCUUUUCCAUUUUUGUUAAUCAAUCAUCGACAUCAACGAAAAUGACUAAAGCGUUAAUCGGUCCUGUUCAUCCGACAGAAUAUUUGCAUUAUGAAGGGCGCGCUUGUAAUAAUCACGGUUUACCACGGUUUGAACAAGCAUCGUUUGAUGCUGCUUAUCCGUUUGGAAUCGUUAACCUAUCCGAUCAGAAGAUGCCCGUUCAAGUUUCUAUCAAAGGUUUUAAUCCGUUCAUUCCCACGGAUGCUGAAUCCAGUGGUAUUCCGAUAGCUAUUCUUUACUACGAAGUGAGAAACAUCACGAACGAAGUAUUAGAUGUCAGUGUAUGUGGAUCGAUGAGGAAUUUUGUCGGACAAGAUGGAAGUAAAUAUUUUAUUGCUUGGGACGGUGAUUAUGUUCCGACUGGUGCGAAAAAGAACACAAAUGUGUAUCGAGAAGAUUUACAAGGGAAAUUGAAAGGCAUUUAUAUGAACUCGGCAAAUGUUGAUCCAAAAGAUCCAGCAUGGGGAACAAUUGCAUUAACAACAUUAGCCGAUUCACCCGACGCAAAUGUUACUUAUCGCUUGUCAUCCGUUGACAAUGCCUGGUAUCAUGCUAUUCUCGAUUUUUGGGAUGAUUUUAGCACUGAUGGCACAUUACAUGAUAAAGGGCAACUAGUUGAUGAUAAUCCAAUGGCAAGUUUAGCGUUGAAAAAGCAAAUUGCACCGGGAGCAACUGAACUUUAUCCAUUUUUUAUUACUUGGAAUUUUCCUAAUCGAAUGGCCUGGUCAUCAACUGUUGUUGGCAAUUACUAUUCCACCGUAUACAAGGACGCAUGGGACGUAUGUGUCAGAACAAUACCUUUACUUCCCGAUUUAGAGUCGAAUACGCUAGAAUUUGUCAACCUGGUUUUGGCAAGUGAUUAUCCAGGUGUGUUGAAAGAAGCGGCAUUGUUUAAUCUGGCCACACUUCGUUCACAGACUGUUUUUCGUAUUGCGGAUGGACACUUAAUGGCUUGGGAAGGAAUUUUUGAUAUAUUUGGUUCGUGCUAUGGGUCGUGUACACAUGUGUGGAAUUAUGAACAAGCUGUUGGAUUUCUUUUUGGUGAACUUGCGAAAACUAUGCGAGACGUGGAGUUGAAUUAUGCGACGUUUAAAGAUGAUGGGGCGAUGAAUUUUCGAGUGCAACUUCCAUUGACUAAUCCACAAACACGAACUGGAACUGCAGCAGAUGGACAAAUGGGCUGUGUAAUGAAAAUGUAUCGUGACUGGCAACUUUCCGGUGAUGAUGAAUUUCUGAAGAAAAAUUGGGAAUUAGUCAAAAAAGUUCUAGGUUUUGCAUGGCAACCGAAAAGUUGGGAUGCUGAUCAAGACGGUGUCGAAGAAGGUGCUCAACCAAAUACUAUGGACGUGACGUACUAUGGUCCAAAUCCUCAAUGUAACUUCUGGUAUUUAGGUGCUCUUCGUGCUGCCUAUAUGAUGGCAUCCUAUGUCGGUGAUAGCACUUUUGCUAGUAAAUGCGGAUAUUUAUUCGCAAAUGGUAGUGCAUGGGUGGAUGGUAACUUAUUCAAUGGAGAAUAUUAUGAACAAAAAAUUAUUGAUCCUAAAACCGGAAAGUUCAUUCCGGAUGAUGAUCCGAAUGUUCCUGAUUAUCAACUUGGCAAAGGCUGUCUUGUUGAUCAAUUGGUCGGUCAAAUGAUGGCACAUGUAUGCCAUUUGGGUUACCUUGGUAAACCUGAAAACAUAAGCACGACGUGUCGAAGUAUUUUGAAAUAUAAUUAUCUCGAUACAUUCAAUGAACAUUUCAAUAACAUGCGUUCGUACGUUCUGGGAAAUGAAAGUGGACUUCUAAUGGCAUCGUGGCCACGUGGACGUUUGAAAUAUCCGUUUCCAUAUUUUUCAGAAUCAAUGACUGGCUUUGAAUAUACAGCUGCAUGUAAUAUGAUCUAUGAAAAUCAAAAUGACGAAGGCUUAAAGUGUGUUCAAAGUAUUCGAGACCGUUUCGACGGUUUAAAACGCAAUCCGUUCAGCGAACCUGAAUGUGGACAUCAUUAUGGACGCUCGAUGACAAGCUGGGCGACACUUUUAGCCUGGUCAGGUUUCCAUUAUUCAGCUGUUACACGAACGAUGGAAUUCGGUAUAUUGAUUAAGAAAGGCAAACAGGGGACUAAAGGUGAUGCACAAAUUCUUAAAGAAAAUGUAGAGACAAUUGAAUUCUACAAGAAAAUUUUAACGAUAGCGAAUGGCGUUUUUCUCGCUGUUCAUUUCAUCUUUUAUUUUAUUACUGGAUUUUCAAUAGCUUCUUUUAUUCUUUUUGGUAUAUCGUCUGCUGCAGCAUGGUACGUUUGGUCAUUUAUGAAGCAAUGGGGAACAUCGAAAUCAGGUGGUAGUGUCACCGAUUUGAAUUUGAACGGCAGCAUCUCCGAAUAUGCAAAAGACAUUAUACUUGCAAUCGUUAUUGCACAAUCUGCUAGUUUAAUCCAUCGAUAUCUCUGGUGGUUACUUUCAGCCAUUCCACUUUAUGCGAUAUAUAAAGGAUUCAUGUUGUAUUUCUUUCCGCCGUAUGCUCAACUACGUGGUGGUGAUCAGGACGAACAGAGUGAUGCCAAAAAGGGUGGAAAAACCAAAAUCACCCGAGUCGCUCGACAUUAG